UCCUACUGUCAUGGCGGCGCGCAAUGUGGAUUCACGUGGUCUUUUCGGUGAAGCGGUGCGGACUGUAUUGGGCGGCUGGCCGGUGCUGCAGAUCGCUGUAGAGAAUGCAUUUGGGGGUCCCCAGAGUCAGGAGAAGGCAGAUUGGAUGGUGGGAGCUGUUGAGCAGUAUUUCCUCUCUAAUGCUGACUUGGAACAGUAUGAAGUGGAGGAGACCCUCACAGCCAUGAUGAAUGAUGAAUUUGAUACCCUUGUUGAGGACGGGAGCCUGAUGCUGGUGGCGCAACAGCUCUGUGGGUUUUAUGUUCAGUGUCAGCGAGGCGAUGUGGCUGGGGUGAGGGAGCAGAUUGCAAAGCUGGGCCAGAAGAAAUUUAAUGUCAAAGCCAGUGUUCAGGCCGUGACCAGCAGUGAUGAGGAGGGCGAAAACAGUGAUGACGAAUCAGAGGCCAUGGAGUGUGAGGUAUCGGCAGAGUCUGCACCCAGCACGUCAGGGGCUGCUGCACCCAGCACAGAGCCACAGGGGGAGGAGCCAGAAGCUGACGGUUGGACAGUCGUCCGGCGAAAAAAGAAAUGAUUUGUGAGCACAUUAUGCUAGUGGCCACAGACAGAUGGCGCUAUGGUACCCUGCAUUAUACACAUGACUGUUUGUAUAGCAAACAGGGGCAAUUAUGGCUGUAUGCAACACCUGGGGACAGGACAAAGUUAUUGCUUAAAUUGCUCCCUUUCAUAGACGGAAGCCACCAGGAACCUGGUUAUAUGUUUUGUGCAAUUUUUAUCUUUUUUUUUUUUUUUUUUUUUUUUUUUUUUAACGCGAUCAUAUCCCUGAUUUCCCAUUUGGUUAUGGACUGAGCUGUCUCCAACAGACCGUGGUGCUGUAGUAAAUCAAGUCCUUCUCCUUCCCUUCGAUCCAGAAGUGCACAUUCCUUGUGCACAUGCCUUGUUUGCCCUGGCCAUGCCUCUGACGGCAGCACUGUAAUGUUUAGCUGGCGUCUGGAAAUCUGCUGAGAAGUAAAAUAUAAAAAUUCUCUUUUUAUGACCUGAAUAUUAUGAAGACAACAUGUAUUUGUCAUUGGUAGCAAAAGUGGCACCUAUAACUGUCUUCACUGGUGUUAAUUUCCUAUUCUGCAAGAUGGAUGGAAGGGGACUCUGUUUCUUGUCCGCUUUAACAAGGUGCGCUAGACAUUUAAUCUGUUUAUUUUCUAUUUGACUUGACACUAUGUGAAAUACAUUAAUUUAUCUUUUAUUUCUCUUUAUUUUAUAAUUGUGUAGGACGUUUACACAUUAAAAAAAACAAUAAGGUGACUUUUCUAAAGAA